AUGGUCGCUCGUCUUCAGUCCGCUGUACCCUCUAUCGUUGCAGCAUUGCUGGCCUCGCCCGUACUGGCCUUCAACAACGCUGCGAACACCAACCUCGCCGUUUACUGGGGCCAGAACUCAUAUGGCGCCACACAUACAUCUGAUACAGCCAACUGGCAGAAAAGUAUCGGUUUCUACUGCGAGGACGACAGUAUCGACGCACUUCCCAUCGCCUUCCUCAACGUUGCCUUCGAUACAGGAGGUUUGCCCAGCAUCGACCUCGCGAAUACGUGCAAUACGAACGAUAACGCCGUCUUUCCCGGGACCUCGCUCCCCGAUUGCUCCUUCCUGGCCUCCGACAUUCAGUCUUGCCAAUCCAAGGGCAAGAUCGUAACAAUGAGCAUCGGAGGGGCGACUGGAGCCGUCAGCUUUACCAGUGAUUCUCAGGCAGAGAGCUUCGCAGACACUAUCUGGAACCUCUUCUUGGGCGGCUCGAGCAGCACAAGACCAUUCGGUGCGGCUGUCCUAGACGGUGUUGACCUUGAUCUCGAGGGCGGCUCGCAGACGGGCUGGCCGGCGUUCGUUACGAGAAUCCGGUCUCAUGCUUCUGGCGCAUCGAAGCCAUACUACAUCACGGCCGCCCCUCAGUGCCCCUACCCGGACGCAUAUAUUGGCGCUGUAUUAAAUGCAGUUUCGUUUGAUUCUGUCUAUGUUCAAUUCUAUAACAAUUACUGUGGCCUCACGAACUUCGACAACGCUAACGACUGGAACUUCGGGACGUGGGAUAACUGGGCGAAGACCGUGUCGCCCAACCCAAACGUCAAGAUCUACAUCGGUGGGCCAGCGUCCACGAGUGCUGCGGGUUCGGGCUACGUCUCGGCCUCAACGUUUGCAACCAUCAUACAGCAGACGCGCGCUCAAUACUCCUCAUUUGGAGGAGUGAUGCUCUGGGACGCAUCACAGGCAUAUGCUAACGGCAGGUUUGACCAGGCGAUCAAGUCUGCCCUCACAAAUGGCGCUCCCGCGGCCCCAAGCUCCGUCCCCACCACGGCUAAGACUACGACCACUGCGAAGGCGACUACCACCGCGAAGGCCACCUCAACCGUGGCGACCACUAGUGCAAAGCCUACCACCUCCGCGGGGACAAGCAGCUGUGGCGUUGUGGCGCCUUGGCAGGCCAACAUCGCAUACGAGGGUGGGGAUCAAGUCACAUACAAUGGUCACUUAUGGACAGCCAAAUGGUGGUCGGAGAGCGAUACGCCUGGUGGCUCUGCGGGCGACUGGACCGAUGAUGGACCUUGCGCUGCAGUGCACGUCCUUAAGACGAACUACCGUACCGCACAAGCGCACGCCCAUAUCCCAGCAACGGGCUAUCGCGGACCCGCUGCCACUUCUACCGCGGCGGCGGCGCCGAAGUUCAGGAUCAAGCGCGAUGAGUAG